CCAUCAUGGAGGAUUCAGUAGAAGUCAUCCUUCUGCAUAAAAGUUGCAAGCUCUCCCAACAUACUCAAGAAAAGUCACUUUUCACAGCAGCAUGAGCUUUGCUCAUGGGGGUUUAUGGGCUCUGGACAUUAUUUGCAUUUCCUGGAUUUCGGAAAGUUCCCACAUGUCUUAAGGUGCCUUAUUUGCCUUCCAGCAGAACACAGACCCAAAAUGUAAUGAAACUCCUGCAUGGGAGAGCAGGAUGUCUGGCAGAUCUGGGAUCAGGUGAUGGGCGACUGGUAUUUGCUGCCACUGUAGAGGGUUUCCAGUGCACUGGCUUUGAAAUCAAUUCUAUCCUAUUUGGAUAUGCCAGAGUCAAAGCAAAGUGGAAGGGAAUACCAUCCAGCACUGCCAGUUUCAUAAACCAGGACUUUUGGGAGACCAAUUUGUCCAAAUAUAACAAUAUGACUGUUUUCUUGGCACCCGGAGUGAUGGAGGUGUUGGGUAGGAAACUGGAGAAGGAGUUACCAGAUGAGGCACGUGUGAUUGCCUGUCGCUUCCCAUUUCCCGACUGGACUCCUACAGCCACUGAGGGUGACGGACUAGACCAGGCCUGGGCAUAUGAUAUGAAUGCCAUACGGAAGCUUUCAACACACACUAUCAUGAGAUGAGGAGAAAAAGCACCUUUCCUUGUGUCAAAAAUAUUUGUUUUGUGUUUGAGCGCCAUCUGAAAGUUACCUGUCACUUUAGAAGACAUGCAAAGUAUAAAGCAUAUAAUAAUUACUUGUUUUUAUAUUGAACACAACAUUUUUUUCCUCCUGUUCUGUUCCCACAGGUGGGUUUGAUGUCCAAUGGUUUGUGUGUGUUGUAAAAUUUUAAACUAAACUGUGAAAUAAAGAGCCAACAUUGCCUUAAUGCCAACAGACUGCUCCUAUAAUCUUGGUCUUUUAAUAUCUCCUAGAACAGCAAAUCUAAAAAAGGUUUGA